GGCGCUGGCCGGCCACGGGGGCCCCGUCUAGCAGGGACGAGCGACGAGCGAUGGCGGCGCACCGGGUCGGGAGGCGCCUGGGGCGGGCUUCGCCGGCGCGCUCUGCCGGGCUCUCUCCGGGGGGAGCGCGAGCGGAGCGGACGCCCAGCCCGGGCAUCCAGCGGCGCCAGGCGCGGGUCACCGUCAAGUACGACCGGCGGGAGCUGCAGCGGCGCCUCGACACAGAGAAGUGGAUCGACGGCCGCCUCGAGGAGCUCUACCGGGGGCGGGAAGCUGACAUGCCUGAUGAAGUCAACAUCGAUGAUCUCCUGGAGAUGGCCACGGAUGAGGAGAGGGCCACGAAACUGCAGGGCCUCUUGGAGUCGUGCCACCACAACACGGAGGGCUUCAUCCAGGAGCUGCUUGGAAAGCUGAGAGGCCUCCGGACAGAACACGUCCUCCGACGGACGAGCCCAAACAGCCAGGGGGAUGCGGAGCCGGGCACGGAGGCCCCCGAGCGGCCGUGAAGCUGGGCAGCCAAAGACCUGGCCGAGCCUGUCAGACGGAUGGAUUCCUCUCCUGCCCAGGAGGUGGUGCCUCCUGGCUCUGCUGCUGCUGCUACUGCUGCUGGGCUCGACCACGCAACUCCCGAGCGGCACGUGGCUGCAAGGACGUGUGCCCGGCAAACUGCAGCCCGAUCCCUCUUCCUCAGCAGCAUUUUUGCCACCACCACCCCGGCACACACGUUGUAUAAAUCUCUGUAUAGUGAGUGUUGGUGUCCUCUGCUGUGGUUCCCUCCUGUAAUAAAGGGCUUCUUUCUCCCA